AUGGCUGCUUUCCUCGUCAGCUUGCUGGUGAUCGGGCGAGCUGUCGUGGACCCUUGCCAGGCCUCGGAGAACCAACCACACUCCUGGCAGUGGGCUGGUGAAAUUCCCUUUGUCUCCUUCCCGCAGUUGGUCAUCUUCCCGCUGUGGAUGCUGGGGCUUGUGUGCUCUGGACGUCUGUCAUGCGUGCUCCUGUGGGCACACAGGCCGGUCAUGGUGCUUGACUCGCUUGACUGUGAUGAAGAGAAGUCCAGUCCUGUCUCUCUGGAAUACGCCGCGCAGCUGGCACUAACUCACUUCAGCGAGACCUGUGACUGCUCUGUUCCUCUGUUCUCAACACUCACCAUCUCUUACUGCGCUUGCAGUUCCAGCAUCGAGGUUGGAGAUGAUGGCAUUGGGAUGUCCGAGCUAAAUUGUGCGGAAGCGCCCGUGCCGCCAUACGAGCACAUCUACCUGUGUGUGAUACUACGCGGGGGCACCGUGAAGGCCCGGGACACCGAGACCGGAGGGGACAAAGCACGAGGUGACCGGGACUUUCACAUCUCAGAGAUCGUGAAUUGGGCAGCGACACCGCGAACGAUAACUAUGUGUGGUGGCAGCGGGGCAACCGCAGGGGAGGGGGCAUCGCCUGCCAAGAGGAAAGUGAUGGACCUUGAGCCAGGGGAGGAGGUCGAGGUGGUGGAACAAGGGGGGAUCACUCUCGCCACCCUGCAAGCGACCCUGCAAGCGACCAUCCAGAACGAGCUCCGCACCAACCGAGCAGAGAUCAAGCAAGCUGUGGGGGGGGUGCAGAAGGAGAUGGUGGAGCGCAUGGGGGGCGUGCAGAAGGAGAUGGUGGAGCGCAUUGCCACGGUAGAAACCGAGGUCACCCACCAGCUCAAGACCACCCUGCAACUUCUCCAGGAACUCACGGCCAAGCAGGACAAGCACGCGGCGGGGAUCGAGGAGCUCAUGGGGGGCCAGCACGACAUGGAGAACAAAAUGGGGAGUCUUGCGGAAAGAGUGGAGAAGUUGGAGAUGAAGGCCCAGCAAGGCGGUCUAUCGGCUCAAAGCACCACUACGACGGAGCAUGGCGAUGGACUUGGGGGGCGUCGCGUCCCGGCGCUCAUCGUGGGGGGUUGGAAUGAUGACACCACUGCGGGGGACGUCCUGGAAAAAGCACAGCAAGCCUUGCGCAUGCUCAAGAUAGACAUUGACUACCAGGACAUGUUCGUCCCCGGGGUCCGCAGAGGCUUUGGGCUCAUCCCCCUUAGGGGGCCGAGGCCUGGAGAGACCGAUGAGGGGCAUCGCCAACGAGUCCAGGAGGCCAUCACCAAGGUCCGCAACGCGAAGAUGCAGACUGGGCACGUGAGGGAGGACACGGGGCAACCACGCUACAUGUUCUUGGCCAUCUCGCAACCACCAGAACGACGUCGCCGGGCCAAACUCGCAGCCAAGGUGAAGAGAUGCAUCUUGGAGCUAGGUGGGGAGCACGCACACCUGGAGGCAGAGUUCGCAACGGGGACCGUCUGGUACAAGGGGCUCCGUGUGUCGUCAGCAGCCGGCCCAAUGAAAGAAGGGGCAACGGAGGCGGGGCCUGGAUGGAUUGACACGAAAGCGUUGGCGAGGGGGCUCAAGAUUCUCCCAGACAAGGGAGAACAUUCCUAUCGCCCGGCACUGACGAUGAUCACCUGGAACACUGGGGGGGCCGGGGGGCGAAAGAUCCUCGACACCCUCCAGAUGCUCGCGGAUGACAGAAUGCUGAACUGUUCCACCUUUGCACCAGCGGUCGUGGCCCUUCAAGAGGUGAUCUGCGACCCAGGGGCCCACAUGGAGAGUUCAAAAAGUUGGACACUCGUUAUGGGCAAGACAGAAGCUGAGUGGAGAGGGACUGGCAUAGCGUACACCACCGCGCACUACCACCACACCCACGCUCAACACUUAGAAGGGGCGACCACAAUGAUCCUGAGAGGGGGCGAUCUAUCAGAUAUGGGGAAAACUCGUAACGCACACGCAGACAUGGGCAUUGGGGUUCUCUCUGUUCACCUCCCGCACCACGCCACUGUUACGCGCACAGAACACCUGCUUUCCACGUGGGGGGCUACCUCGGCGCUCCUCAUGGGGCACUCGCUUCUUGGGGGGGACAUCAACGAAAGCUUCUAUGACACCGAGAUAGGGGCCAUGGCGACCACCAGCAGAGGAGAAUCCGUGAUGCAAUGGUUAGCCGAGCAGGGGCUUUGGCUCCCUGAGCAGACCAUGGAUGUCCCGACAUACCACCCUUACAACCUGGCCAUGAGACCACGCAGAUUGGACUACGUCGCCGUAAAGGGGAUGCCUGGGAGCAGAGGUCAGGUGCACCAGGGAUCCAGAGACAUCAUCCAGUCGGACCACGACGCAGUCUCGCUUAAAGUCGACAAUCCGCUCCCGCCCAAGCUACGUACCAAAGCCACGUGGGGGGGGCGCAUCCUCAAGUCCCCUGACCAAGUGGAAGCAGCACUACGGAAAGUACGGCGAGGAGGGCCGCACUCCAUGAUCGCGGAUGUUGCCAAAGAGAUCACCAUACCGGCACCACAGGGGGGAGAACCCUGGAGCGAGAGUGACUUCCUCAAGCAGCUGAGACGCGAAGCCCGACGAGCACCAUGGGGAGACCGUAGACGACUUUGGAAGAGCGUCUGGGGCACCCUCAAACAAGAGAGACGAGCUUGGAUGGCGCGCAAGGUCCAGGCAGCAGCACUCAUGAACUGGGGGGAACUGCGAGACCUGGGGCGCCUGAGGCAGCCUCCGCACUGGGAGCACCGGCUCACGGCGGACCCGGACUGGCGACACCACCUCACCCAGCACUUCAAAGGGGUCUUUGCUACGGUCCCAAAAGCGGAGGUCAGUGACGCGUUUCGGGGCAUCAGAGCGAGACUCCGGAGCAUGUGCAAGCACACGCGAUGGGAGCCUUUCAACCUGGACGAGCUCAAUGCAGCGACUGCCAAGUGGGGGCGAAGGAAGGCCACCGGAGUGGACCAGGUCUCGCUCGAAGCACUACAAGCCAUGCUACAAGAUGCAGUGUGGGCGGAACGGCUCCUCUACCUGUACAACGACAUCCUGUAUACGGGGAAGCUGUAUGGCAACAUGGGGGAAGGGGUCACCAUCCUGCUCCCCAAAGAGACACAGCCGGAUGAGUGGGGGCAAACGCGACCCAUCACCCUGUCCAGUGCCACCCUGAAGUGGUUCUCCCAACUCCUUCUCGGAAGAAGCAGCCAUCAUUUGGACCCACUGACGACCCACCAGUGGGCGUGGAAAGGCAAACAAGCCGAGGAGCUCAUCCUGGUAUUGCGCAAAGUCACCCGGGUCGGUAUGGACUGGAAGCUCCCCACAUGGAUCGUCAAGCUGGACGUCAAGAAGGCCUUUGACAGCGUCUACCAGCAGAACAUGGGGGCGAUGAUCGCAUACUGGGUUGGUGAGGUGGGGGGGCGGCCGUGGGAGGCACAUGCAUGGAUGGCGCUGUUGGAAGCCGACGUAGUGAACCUCUUUGUGGGGGGGGAAAAGACGAGCAUUGAGCAAACGACGGGGGUACGCCAAGGAGCACCGGACGCCCCCGUGCUAUUUGCAGCGCUUGUUGGGAGAGCACUCCAACGAGCCCAUAUCCCCCCUCCUUCUGGGGGACAGAAGUCGCCGGAGUGUCCAGCAGAUUCCGGGGCCUUCAUGGAUGACACGUACAUCUGGGGGCAUGAUCCGGAACAUCUGCAGAGAAAGCUCACUGCAAUGGAAAAGAAGCUGCAAGAAGAUGGACUGCAAGUCCACCCCAAGAAGACGGCCAUCCUCACCAACUCAGGGGACAAACGGUGCUUCAGAGUUGGAGGGGCCUGGGUGGAACCCAUGCAGGAUGAGGGCAGCUUCAGACUGUUGGGGACACCUAUAGCCUUCAAGCACCAGGUCUCCUUGCUGGUCGCAGAGAUGCAGACUAGGGCGCGCAAAGCGUACUACGCUCACCGGAAGGAGCUCACGGCAGAGGCCCCACUCGAACCCAGACUCAAGCUGUUGCUCGUAUAUGUUCGACCUGCAGCAUUGUGGGGGUGCUCAGCGUGGCCGCCCCAAGAUACACUGCUGAAGGCGGCGAACACAUGUCAGCUGCAAUACGUCAGGAACGUCUUGGGGGCCAAAAGAAGACCCAACGAAUUAUGGGUCGACUGGAACCAGAGAACGCUUCGAGGGGCCAGGGCCAUCAUGUGGAAAAUGGGCGUGGAGCGAUGGUCUGGACAUGUGCUGAAGCGGAUCUGGGGGCUCUGGGGGCACGUCGCCAGGCAACCGGGGCUCACCCGAAGUAUGCUUGAAUGGAGGGGGCAGAAGUGGUGGAAAGCAGAGCAAGCACGGCCGCUCGGACAACGCCAUCCUGGCAGAUUCAACCCCAACCAGGACAUCGAGAAAGCAAUUGGGGGGAUAGGGGGCAUUGACUGGAUGGAUCAAGCAAGGGACAGACAGUGGUGGCAAGUGCACGAAGCCGACUUUGUGGCCAAGCACAACCCGCCCUGGGCCAGCGGAAGGCAACUUGGGCUGGGGAAUCUUGCACCCAACAAACCCAUGGGGGGCAAAGGGGGGCCAGGGGGACACAAGCAGAGAGGGCGUGCCGCACGCCUGGCCAUCACGAAUGACCUCUGCUGA